UCUGAAACCCUAUCUCCCUUAGCCGCCACCUCCCUUUACUCAUUGUUAAGGUUUCUAAUAUGUUCCACAACAGUAGAACAAAGUCUUGAAAUCUCCUCUAUCCUUACAUCACUUUUGAUUUUCUUCUUCGUUGAGCAAUUAUGGAAAUCGCUAAGAGGGAUCUGACGGUUGGAACAACAAUUAUCACGACGAACGAUGAACUUGGCACUUUAAUCGCUGCGGAUGGUCAGGGUAAUUCAGUAAGCGGUGCUGAGGAUAUUGCUAGAUUGGGUCUGUCCUCUACCACAGACGAAUUGAAGGUAGCAAAAAUUCAAUUUGGCUUGUAUGCAUCUGUUGCCGGGUUCAAUGGUUGGACUUUGCCUUUGAUUGAGGAAUUCAAAAAUCUGGGAAAAACCCCAAAACUUAACAUUGAAGACUGUGCAACUUUGGCCAAAAAGUUUUUUCUGAAUAGGAAAUAUAAACUCAAUCCAGAUAAGUGGUCGUAUCUUCCUGAAAAUUUUGAUAUUCAAAGAAAAGCGGCUAGCAUUACUUUCUCAUCCUAUGGUGGAUUUGGAGAGAAUCCCAGAAGAGUAAUCAAGGUUCAGAGAUACACCAAUGGCUUUGUGACCAAGAAAGAUGUCUUAAGAGUAUCAGAAUUGAAAACUAAACUAGUGCCUGAAAUGAAGAAAUGUUUCAGAACCUUUUCUUUCCAAGGUUCCGGUGGUGAUUAUGCUAGAAAGGUUCUUUGCAGCAAGAGCCGUGUGUUUGAGUGUGGGAAGAAUGUGCGACGUCGAUUGGACGAAAUCUUAAAGGCAAUGGCAUAUUCUUGCUUCAAGGAUCCCAAGACUGGAAGAAUGAUUACAGUGUUCCAUCUCACUGAUGAUGGAACAGAAGUGUUGUAUGAGAAGAAUGCCGAUGUCCUAAUGCACAAGUAUCGGGAUUUUCUGACUGAAAUGGAAAUUAAAGAAGAAGGAAGGGUAGAAAGAGUUGAGGUAAUGAACUAUCAUUUAAUGUUGGCACGUGCAAAUAUUCAGAUGAGAAGAGAGGCAGAGGAAGCAGCAGUAGAGGCAGCGGCAGUGCAAGUGAGUCUUAAAAGGAAAAGAGACACAAAGGAAUAGGGUUUGCAGUUGUUGGUAAUUUGUUUUAGUUUAUCUCUGAAAAUUGCGAGCAAGAACUAUCAUGGAGAACUUCUCAUAGAUGAAAUAGGAAGAUUAUAGUCAUUUCCACGUCUAUUUUGUUUGAAGUUACUGGUUCAACUUGUACUUCUUUUGCAAAUCAACUAAGUGAAGUAACAACUUAAACACCCUAAAUAAUAGGGUUUGACCUCAGUUUUUGUGGCAAAGUUUAUCUUGGAAAAAAUAGCUUUUAGUUCCUU